AUGGGUAUCGCAUCAUUUUUCAGUUGGCUCAUCAGAAAAUAUCCAUCAAUUGUUAGUCGAUGUAUUGAAGAUCAAUCAUCGAAAGAUGAAGACUUGUUAAAACCAAAUCCAAAUGGAGUCGAGUUUGAUAAUCUGUAUUUGGAUAUGAACGACAUCAUUCAUCAAUGUACUCGUGUAGAAGUCGGUCAACUACCAAAGAAUGAAGAUGAAAUGAUCAUCAAAAUCUUUGAAUUUAUUGAUCGUAUCUUCUCAAUCGUUCGUCCAAGAAAACUUCUUUAUUUGGCUAUCGAUGGUGUUUGUCCACAUGCAAAAAUGAAUCAACAACGAUCGAGACGUUUUCAAGCAGCAGCACAGGGCGAACUAAUAGAAAAUAAUUUAUCAACGACAAUGAUAAAAGAACAAAAAUUUGAUUCGAUUUGUAUAACACCCGGCACUGUGUUCAUGUUUCGCCUUGCUGAGUGUCUUCGUUUUUAUAUUCUUUCGCGUAUGAACAAUGUUCCAGCAUGGCGAAAUCUGAUAGUGAUUUUGUCCGAUGCUAGUGUACCCGAUGAAGGUGAACAUAAAAUAAUGGAAUACAUUCGUUGUCAGCGUGCACAACCAAAUUAUAAUAUAAAGACGAAUCACGUACUGUACGGGAUGGACGCUGAUUUAAUUUUGUUGGGUCUUGCCAUACAUGAACCUUAUUUCACAAUAAUGCGACAAGAAUUUGUACCGAAUAGAGAUAGAUUCGGAAUACAAGGUGACUAUAGUCUGUCAAACGAACAAUUUGAUGUGAAUAUUCGACCAUUUAUAUACGUUAAUUUGUUAGUGCUGAGAGAUCAUAUCUAUUGUGAUUUAAAACUGGAUUUGCCUCCGUCGUUUACAUGGAACAUUGAACGGGCUGUUGACGAUUGGAUAUUUCUGUGUUGUCUGGUUGGCAAUGAUUAUUUGCCACAUUUGCCAUCGUUACAAAUAGGAGAGAAUGCCAUCGACCGUUUAACUGAUCUUUACAAAGAAAAUUUGUCUAAGUUUAGAGAAUAUCUAACAGAAAAUGGCAUACCGAAUAUGGAACGUACUGAAAUUAUUUUGAAUGGAAUUGGACGAUUUGAAGAUGAAAUCUUUCGUAAUCGUAAUGAACAGAAUACCCAAGCAAAUCAAGAAGAGAAACAGAAAAAAGUGGAUCAAGCAAAGAAAGAUGCAAUCGCGUAUGUAUUUGUUUGUUUAAAUGCAACAAUAAUUCACUAACAUGAGAGUUCUGCACGUUCGAAAUUACUUCUAAAAAUUUUUCUCAUUUCGAAUGAGAACACUAAGUAAUGCUUCACUAACUUAUCGAUCUACACAUUUUUUUUUAAUUGCUUCAAAUCGAUUCAGUGUAUAGGAGGCAGUGCACGAUAGAAACGCACUUUUCCAGCAUAGCGUGCUCAAUGCACUGUCACAGAUUUUUCUCAAAUUAUCAGAGCAGAUAGAGAAAUGUGUCCUGAACAUUUUUGUCUCUUGACA